AUGUCGAAAAUUGGUACAAUUCAUAUUGCCGUAGAAUUUAGACCCCAUCAGUUGAAGAAUGAUAUAGCUAAAUGUACACCAAUCUAUAAUCUCUACCAGUCUGUCAUUGUUAUAGGAAUGUGUAAAUACGUUCUAGAUGCAUUUAGCGGGUUCUGGUUCUCUGUGGGUUGGUGUAUAUUUUUCUUUAUUCCCAGUACCAUCUUUGCUGUGAAGCUGGCCAAACAUUAUCGUAAAAUGAGGUUUCUCGACGAAUACGAUUAUAAUCUAUCUUUGAAAAACAAUGAUUUUAUGAGAAUUGGAAGGUGA